AUGUCACAAAUAUUACGCAGUAAUGUAUCCUUAGUAAGAGUUCGACCAAGAAAUCCAUCUACCAGCAGUAGUAUAGAAAAUACAAAUGAUUAUUAUAAUUUCAAUGUCAAUAAAACUGAAUUGCAAAACACUUCCAUGCCUGAUAAUAACGAAACAGAAGAUAGAACUAAAUGGUCAUCACGUAUAAAUUUCUUACUGUCAAGUAUUAGUUUUGCUGUGGAUUUGUCAACCGUAUUUCGUUUCCCAUAUUUAUGUUACAUACAUGGUGGUGGAGCAUUUCUUAUAGCCUAUCUAGUAAUGUUGAUUUUCUGUACAGUUCCAUUAUUUUAUAUGGAGUUAGUGGCUGGACAAUAUUUUCGUCAAGGCUGUGUCAGUAUGUGGAAAAUAGCAUUGCUGUUUAAAGGCGUUGGAUGGACUUCAUGUGUUCUGACAUUUUUUGCCAGUUUAUAUUAUAAUGUCAUCAUAGCAUGGGCUUUCUUUUAUUUAUUUGCAACAUUUCAAAAAGAAUUACCUUGGGAAAAUUGUAAUCAUUGGUGGAAUACAAUACACUGUCAAGAACAGUCAAAACCAAACAUAUCCCUUGUGAAUUCUUCAGCUGCAACUUCAGCUAGAGAAUUUUUUGAGAACAGAAUGCUUGGCGUUGAUAAAAGUACUGGAUUUGGUGAUUACGGAGCAGUUCAGUGGGAAGUUUGCGGUUGUCUAUUUCUCACAAAUUUACUCCUGUUUUUGUCUUUAUUCAAAGGAGUGAAAGUCCUUGAAAAGGUUUCUUGGAUAACAGCAGCUGUACCAUAUCUUGCAAUCGCUGUGCUACUUGUUAGGGGAUUAACAUUGAGCAACGCAGCAUUUGGCAUUCGAACAUUUCUUACUCCUCAAUUCAGCAAACUUUUAGAUUGGGAUGUAUGGUUUUCAGCAUCUAGUCAAGCCUUCUUCUCGUUGGGUGUGGGUUUUGGUGUACAUCUGGCUUAUGGAAGUUACAAUAAAGUUAAUCAUCCCGCUUAUGUUGAUUGCAUUUUAACAACCUUUAUGAAUGCUGCCAUCAGUCUGUUGAAUAGUAUAACACUGUAUUCAUUCAUGGGUUAUUUAUCACAAUUUCAAAAUAUUCCAAUCUAUCAAACAUUUGAUGGAAACUUGGGUCUCAUAUUCAUGGCAUACACCAGUGUAUUCAGUACGUUGUCUGUUCCACAUCUUUGGUGCAUACUGUUAUUCAGCAUGCUGGUUACCUUAGGUUUGGGUAGUUCUCUUGGUGCAACCGAAUCAUUUUUAACUGCAGUUUGUGAUGAAUGUACAAUAUUCAAUCUUAACAAAAAGAAGUAUUUCAGAGAAGGCUUGACAAUCACCUUCUUACUUCUUUCAUUUUUACUUUCUUUUCCAAACGUUUGUCAAGGUGGAUACUACUUAGUGCAAUAUCUGGAUCAGUACACAUGUGGCACAUCACUUCUAGUUGUAUCCUUAUUCCAAUGUUUUGCUAUUGUUUAUGUCUAUGGCAUAUAUACUUUGUCUCAAAACCUCGGAGAAUUAACUGGAAAACGAAUUCAUUUUACAACGCGGUUUAUUUUAAAAUUCUGCGUACCACCAUUGAUUAUCUUCAUGUUAGCAUUCAAUGUUAUAACUGCAGAUAACUUGGAAACUAUUGUUGGAGGACAUUUAUAUCGAUUCCCGAACUGGUCUUUAACUGCCAGCUGGUUUGUAAUUCUUGCCGGAGUCUUACCUAUACCCUUAAAUAUGAUCUUGCAAUAUUGGUUCGUAAGAAAACGUGCAAAAACUUGCUACUGGAAGACAGCACUGCUUAUCACACCGAAGGACGAACACGAAGAAAUGAUUAAAGAAGGAUACUGUAAGAGAUUAAAGAUUAAGCACUGGUUGAAAAUUUAA